GUCGUCUCUAUGACCCCGAGGGGGCGGUGCCCGGGCCGUCGCUGGGCGUGCGCAGGAGCGCGCGCCGGAGCCGCGCGGGGCUGUGCGGGCGUCAUGGCUACCCAGAGAGAAAAUGUAAGUCUACUAUUCAAAUUAUACUGCUUGAUAGUGAUGACCCUGGUGGCUGCAGCUUAUACCGUAUCUUUAAGAUAUACGAGGACAACAGACAAGGAACUCUACUUUUCAACUACAGCUGUGUGUGUCACAGAAGUUAUAAAGUUAUUGCUAAGUGUGGGACUUCUAGCUAAAGAAACUGGUAGCCUGAGUAGAUUCAAGGCCUCUUUAAGUGAAAAUGUCUUGGGGAGCCCUAAGGAACUGAUGAAGUUAAGUGUGCCUUCAUUAGUGUAUGCUGUUCAGAACAACAUGGCUUUCCUAGCUCUUAGCAAUCUGGAUGCAGCAGUAUACCAGGUGACCUACCAGUUGAAGAUUCCCUGUACUGCUUUAUGUACUGUUUUAAUGUUAAACCGGACACUUAGCAAAUUACAGUGGAUUUCAGUAUUUAUGCUGUGUGGUGGAGUCACACUUGUACAGUGGAAACCAGCCCAAGCUACAAAAGUUGUGGUGGAACAGAACCCAUUAUUGGGUUUUGGUGCUAUAGCUAUUGCUGUGUUGUGCUCUGGAUUUGCAGGAGUAUAUUUUGAAAAAGUCUUAAAAAGUUCAGAUACUUCCCUUUGGGUGAGAAACAUUCAAAUGUAUCUAUCAGGGAUCAUUGUGACAUUAGUUGGUGCCUACUUGUCAGAUGGAGCUGAAAUUAAACAAAAAGGAUUUUUCUAUGGUUACACAUACUAUGUCUGGUUUGUCAUAUUUCUUGCAAGUGUGGGAGGCCUCUACACUUCCAUUGUGGUCAAGUACACUGACAACAUCAUGAAAGGUUUUUCUGCAGCAGCAGCCAUUGUCCUUUCUACCAUUGCUUCAGUGAUCCUGUUUGGAUUACAGAUAACACUCACCUUUGCUCUGGGUACCCUUCUUGUAUGUGUUUCCAUAUAUCUCUAUGGAUUACCCAGACAGGAUACUACAUCCAUCCAGCAAGGAGAAACAGCUUCAAAAGAGAGAGUCAUUGGUGUGUGAUUUGAGCCUCAGAAGAUUCCUACUAUGAUUAAACAGCUUGCAUUAAACUAGAGCCUUAAGUCAGUCUCAGAAGGUAGCUUAACCAAGAACAAGUUAACUGUAUGGCCUAAGAAGAAAGAAGAAAGCUGCAGAAUGAACUGCUAACACAGAGACAACUGUAGACUUGUUGAGGAUCAAGCUAUAUUGUUUUAGAACGAAGGAAUUUUAUUGUGUAUAUAUAUAUAUAAUGUACAUAACAAGUAUGAAGAUGAUACGGUAUUAAAAAAUCAUAUGAAGCUUCUGAAAUCAAGUGAUAAGGUAUGGAAUACUAUCUAGAGGUGAAAGUGCCAAAGCCAUUUCUGUACUAACUGUUCUGUUGUUCAGGUACCAGGGGAGGAUGACCUCUCCUCUGUCAUGUACAGUAUUUGGUCUCAACAGCAGUAAAGACCUAGUUGUUACAAAAACCGAAACAAGACAGGCUAGUUCAGAAACAACCUGAAUGUGUAACUUCUCAAAAGGAAUCUAUUUUGUAACUCAGUGAUCUCUGGGUGGUGACUGAGUACUCCUUUAGUGCUAUAUUUGUGCCAUUUAUUGUCCUGUUCAUAUUUCUUUGCUGUUACAUAUACUUGUCCUCAAGAAAAUUUCUAAAAUGUCACUUUUAUACCUUUUUUUAUAUAGUUGUUGGGUUCUCAAUAAUUUGUGAAAUUUCAGUGUUUUAAAAAUAUUUCUAUAAUGUUAAUGUGGGAAAUUUAGCAAUAAACUUUAUUUAUAUGAA